UGAGGCUGAGCGCGCGCGUCCGCCUGGGUCUCCGGCGCUGCCCUGCCCGCCGCCCCUUUCCUCCGCCUCCCCUUCCCCUCUCCCCACCGCCCCUUUGGUGGCUCCCACGCCAACAGCAUUCGCCCGCACCUCCCGCGCUCCCCGCAGCCAAGAUGCCCGCGGCCCGGCCGCCCGCGCGACUCGGCGGGAUCUCGCUGCUCCUGGCAUUGCUCCUGGGGAGCCGGGCGGCAGCUCUGGCGGAAGAUGCCCAUGCCCCCGAGGGAGAUGCUGGCCCUUCAGGUACUUACCCUCUGCCCUCAAGAGCCCUGGGGAGCAGCAGACUGAACAGCGAGACCACUGAAGAGAGGGUGACCAUGGCCCCCUCGAGGCCAGUGCCCUCUGGGGAGGAGCUCUCAAAACGGCAAUCAGCAGGGACAGCCCCACCCUCGAAUCCAGAAGCCAAGGCUCUGUCCACGCAGCCCCCAGAGCAGCCUGGCCCCAAACACACGGUGGCCCCUAGGAGGAAGUCCUCUGUUCUGAAGUCAUUGAGCACGGCCAGGAAGCAGCUGAGGACAAAGCCCACCCAAGGGACUGGGGCGCUCCAGAGGACGUCCCAGCAGGUGUCCACAGAGAAGCCCCAUCCCUCAGGGGACCCAGACCUGCCCUCCUCUGCAGAGAUGCGCCAGUCUCCUUCGGAGGGCCCCCUCUGGAUGGACAGAGAGGAAGACGCCGUCCCCACAACACCCGCUCCCCUGCAAAUCUCCCCGUUCACAUCACAGCCCUAUGUGGCCCACACGCUCCCACACGGAGAGCAGUCGGGGCUGGAGGAAGCCCAGGAGGUCCCCCCCGAGGAGGCCAGUGCCAGGACCCUGGUGGUGGACAAAGGAGGGGAGAAUGAACUGACAGGAUCGGCCUCAGAGGAGAACCAGGAGACCACAACAUCCACCAUUGUCACCACCACGGUCAUCACCACGGAGCAGGCCCCAGCUCUCUGUAGCGUGAGCUUCUCGGACCCCGAGGGCUACAUCGACUCCAGCGACUACCCACCACUGCUCCUGAACAAUUUUCUGGAGUGUACGUACAAUGUGACUGUCUACACCGGCUACGGCGUGGAGCUGCAGGUGAGCCCUGCGCAGUGUCUGUCCUUCAUGCUGAGCUGCAACUUCCCCCGGCGGCCGGACUUUGGAGAGGUCACUGUGAUGGACCUGCACUCUGGUGGGGAGGCUCACUUCCACUGCCACCUGGGCUACGAGCUCCAGGGUGCCAACGUGUUGACGUGUAUCAACGCCUCCAAGCCCCACUGGAGCAGCCCGGAGCCCCUGUGUUCAGCUCCCUGUGGAGGUGCAGUACACAAUGCCACCAUCGGACGUGUCCUCUCCCCAAGUUACCCUGGAAACAACAAUGGGACCCAGUUCUGCAUGUGGACCAUCGAAGCCCCAGAGGGCCAGAAGCUGCACCUGCAUUUUGAGAGGCUGUCACUGAACGAGAAGGACAGGAUGAUGGUCUUCAGUGGACGGACCAACACAUCCACGCUUCUCUAUGAUUCCCUCCACACCGACAGUGUCCCGUUUGAGGGCCUGCUGAGUGAGAGCAACGCCAUCCGCAUCGAGUUCACGUCCCACCUGGCCCAGGUGGCCUCAGCCUUCAACAUCCGAUUUGAGGCUUUUGAGAAAGGCCACUGCUAUGAGCCGUAUAUUCAGAAUGGGAACUUCACCACAUCAGACCCGACCUAUAACAUUGGGACCACGGUGGAGUUCACUUGUGACCCCGGCCACUCUCUGGAGCAGGGUCCAGCCAUCAUCGAAUGCAUCAAUGUCCGGGACCCUUACUGGAAUGACACGGAGCCCGUCUGCAGAGCCAUGUGUGGUGGGGAGCUCUCUGCUGUGGCCGGAGUAGUGCUGUCCCCCAACUGGCCAGAGCCCUAUGUGGAAGGGGAAGAUUGUGUCUGGAAGAUCCACGUGGGUGAAGAGAAGCGGAUCUUCUUGGAUAUCCAGCUCCUGAACCUGAGUAACAGUGACAUCUUGACCAUUUAUGAUGGCGACGGAGUCAUGCCACACAUCUUGGGGCAGUACCUUGGAAACAGUGGUCCCCAGAAGCUGUACUCCUCCACGCCAGACCUGACCAUCCAAUUCCACUCGGACCCAGCUGGCCUCAUCUUUGGGAAGGGCCAGGGAUUUAUCAUGAACUAUAUAGAGGUGUCCAGGAAUGACUCCUGCUCCGAUUUGCCCGAGAUUCAGAACGGCUGGAAAACCACCUCUCACACGGAGCUCGUGCGUGGUGCCCGGAUCACCUACCAGUGUGACCCUGGCUAUGACAUCGUGGGCAGCGACACCCUCACCUGCCAGUGGGACCUCAGCUGGAGCAGCGACCCCCCGUUUUGUGAGAAAAUUAUGUACUGCACCGACCCUGGAGAGGUGGACCACUCAACCCGCUUGAUUUCGGACCCCGUGCUACUGGUGGGCACUACCAUCCAAUACACCUGCAACCCGGGCUUCGUGCUGGAAGGAAGCUCUCUUCUGACCUGCUACAGCCGAGAGACCGGCACACCCAUCUGGACUUCCCGCCUGCCCCACUGCGUCUCGGAGGAGACCUUGGCUUGUGACAACCCCGGGCUGCCUGAAAAUGGGUACCAGAUCUUGUACAAGCGUCUCUACCUGCCUGGGGAGUCGCUCACCUUCAUGUGCUACGAGGGCUUCGAGCUCAUGGGCGAGCACUGGCUCUUCCCUUCUCCUCUCCCCUGCAGAUGUCGGUACUAUUCCAACCUCCGCCUGCCCCUGAUGUACGCGCACCCCUACAGCCAGAUCACCGUGGAAACGGAGUUUGACAACCCCAUUUACGAGACCGGGGAGACCAGAGAGUACGAAGUCUCCAUCUAGGGGGCUGCACUGGAAGGGAACUCACCCGGCGGACUCAGCCCCCCCUCCCUCCAGAGACCCAUCCGAGACCAUGCGGCAUCCAGUUGAACCCCUCCAGCAUCAGCUGUCUUUUCUGUUGACUUUUUCUCAGAGACUUCCUGUUUCCUUCCCCGUAUUUAUUCUAUUUAAACUGCUGCGGUCGGUUGGAUGUACGCAGGGGCUGCAGCCGCCAGGGUCCUGUUGUGGCUUCGGCUCUAAAGGACGUUGGAAGAUUCUACAAGACAACAAAACCCCGGGAUGGUGGCAGCAGCGGGGAAGCCAGAUGGUGUGCCUGCAGCAGCCGGUGGGGGUGGAGGCUGCAUCCUGUUGCAUGCAUCUGUGGGGGCGUGGCCCUGGUGUUUUCAGUCCGAACCCAAAUUCCAAAUCAGGGACUUCUGGGUGGUGCAGAUCCUUAACAUGCUCACCUGCUAGCCAGGAGGUUGGGGGGGUUGACACCAUCUAGAGAUGCUUCCGAAGAAAGGCCUGCCGAUCUACUUCCCUCCUCCCAUUCCCACCCCCCACCCCCCAAAAAAAAAAAAGCAUUAUGGAGCACAGUUGUACUCUCAUGCCCAGCAGUGGGGCUGGUUUUCUUCAGGGUUGGAAAGGGUAGUUCUUGUUGGUUUAACUUGGAUUGGAAGGUAACAUGGCUACUCAAACAGGUCUGCCCCAAAGUUCUGUGUCCUCGCCUACAAAGGGACCAGCUGCUAGGAGGUCUUGUCGCCCACCUCCCCUCCAUCCUAUAGACCUUCUGAAGACACCCAGCGUCCGUGUUCAAUGGACACUCCCUUGUACCGCCUGACCUCGCUGGACUCUGGCAUGGGAAGGCAGUGUUUCCUUUCUAGAAAGGUGGUGCGUGACCCAGGAAAGUUAUCUGGCAGGAGGAGGGAUGAAACAUUGGGUAGGGGUGGAGUUGGGCGAGGGAGGUCAGCUCAUAAAAUCUUCCCCUUUUUUGACAUGCCUUGGAUGAUGAAAAAGCGGGACAUUGACACUGCACGUGUGUUUGGGAUACCACCUUCUGGGACUCAGAGGGGAGCCCUGCUCUUCUGCUGGGAUGUUGGAACACCUUCACCUUCUGUGUGGAGCAGACCCAUGUGUGCGAGUCUCCAGACAGUCCCACCUUCAGAACGAACUUCCAAUCCCAUGCUGAGGGGAGGGAGGGGUCUCGGAGGAAAUGACUUUUCCAUGCCCUGAGACCCUGUCCAGAUGUUGGAAGGCAUCAGAGUGCACAGCGCAGGAGCCAGGAGUUAGGGCCCCAGGAGACUAGAGAGAAGAGUCCUCCAUACACCCAAAGCCUUCAGAGAAGUCCAGGGAGGACUGCCGGUGAGCAGGACACCCCCAGCACCACGUCUAAUGCCAUGGGUACCCUUCUGGUUUUACCAGGGUCCUUUCUAAACAGUCCCAGAAACCCACAGGGGCAGUUCUUCCCUCUCCUAUAGGGUCGCAAUGAGUCAGCAUUGACUCUGUGGCAGUGAGUUUGGGUUUUCACCCUACCCAGAGGGCCAGUGAGUGUGUGACCCUAUGGUAGAUGCUUUCCUACAAGUAUAAAGAGGAGGCUGGUGUAUAAGUGCCAGGAGGGACAAGCAAUGGGAGGUGGAUUCACUCCCUAGGACCACACGUGGUUAGGUAUUGGCUCAGAGAGUACACCAGCUCAGUGGCCCACUCACCCUCUGAUUGCUUUGAAGCAAGGAAAACCCUUUUGAUCUGCCAUCCCAUUGGGAGAGUGACUGGGAGUCCGCACUGGGCAGCUGUCUGAAAUACCUUUGUGAGCAAGAUAGGGCAGUGGGCUACACACACUGUGCCCAUCAGAGCUUGGAUCUCCAUCUUUGGACUCUAAAUCUCAUCUGUGUGCAUGUUCCUUCUCGGGGUAUACGUUCAAGGCACAUGGCAAGAAGUCAUCCCUAAAGCUCACCCCGUUUGGUGAAAGGACCAGAGGAGAACUAUCCCAGAUCCGUCACAUAGUUGAGCCAGAGGCCAGGUUUGGAGAAAGACCAACAAAGCAAAUCACAUAACGUCGUUGUUGAAGGGGUAGAAUCCGAUUCUGGCUGGCCUCCUGUUUCCACCCCCUGUACCUCCUCACCCUAACCCUGGGUCCCCCAGAAGGAACAUCUCACUGCAUUGGAUUUCAGAACAGAGUCUGUCGGACGAAGACUGAGCCAGGACAACAUAGAAAUGCUUUCUUCUAACUCUACUCCCUGAGACCUGCGAGGCCGUGGCCCACGCAUUCUUCUUAGAAAAAUAGAAAAGAUGUUGAUGGUUUUCAUCCCCUCUGGAUUCCACUGUUUUAGUUCUCUUUGAAGUGCAGCCCCCUGUCACCAUGGCAACGUCAUCACAGUUUCUUUUAGCCUAGAGAUGGUUCAUGUGGGGUCACCUAUGCACAGUGUGGUGGGUAUCUAUUUUUCUGUUGGAAAUAUCCCAGUGUGUAUUUGUAAUACAUAGAGGUGACAAAAAAGUAAUAGUGCCAAAAACCAAUCCCCGUGAUGUACCCGGCAUCUCAUUUCCAUUCCUCUGUCAGUUUUUAUAAGAUCAAGAUGGAAAAAAAAAAAAUUGGGAUGAAAUAUUUUUGAACAGACUGAUACUCUUGAAAAACUCAACAAUGGACUGAAACUUCCUACAAGCCACUCUCUGCGUUGUUUUUUACAAAAAGAAGAAAAACAGUUGUGCGGCGGGGAACAUUUACAGAGCCCACGAGCUUCGAAGAAUGCAUGUGGUAUCGCCUGUCUUACAUGCUGAUACAGCUAAGCUGGACCUGUCAGCUACUGCCCUGUCUUGACAAAAUGCACACACUUGGCCCUCUUCAGCUUGGAGCUCAGCCUUUAGCUUCUACCCCCCCACCCACCCCUUUUUGUUUUGUCUUCCUUUCAGUAAAAUCGUUUAGUCAAUAUAAAUAUUCUGGUUGUUGUCUGAUACCGUCCAUGUUAAUUCCAGAGACAUGGUUGUGUCUGACGUUUGACGAAGACGGCAGCUCCUGGGAAAAGCUACCGGCUGAGAGUUGUGGAACUGGUCCGUAGGCAUCCCAGCUACUCCACCACCGGGGAGGGGCAGAGCUUCCGGAGAGGAAGCGCGCCACAAAUUUUAGGCGCUGGGAAGUCUAAGGCAAGAGUAGGCGUCUUGGGCCAACAUGACCUUUCCUUGGGUAAUUUCAAGGGCAUGGCUGCCCUAGGCCCGUGGGUAGGCAUGGUGGGGAAGGUUAUCCGAGGUGUUCGGCACUCCCAAGGCUAGGCUUUCUCCUGGGAGAUUUUCCUUUUCAUUUGAUCCCCCCACACAAUGAAAAGCAAACCAAACUUUCUAAGCUAGAAUAAUGAACAAAGUCAUUUUCCACUUUGUGUAUAUUGAUGCUAAUAAAACAAGUGAAAAAAAAAUCCA